AUGUCGUCAGAACCAAAAAGGAUCGGCCAGAUCGUGCGCCUCAAGCGAGAGAGCCUACAAGCAUACAAAGACUGCCAUGCCGCAGUUUGGCCAACAGUGUUGAAACAGAUCAAAGACUGCAACAUCUCGGAUUAUUCCAUCUUCCUCGAUGAGCAGUCUAUGACACUGUUUGCUUCCAUGAAGUACACAGGCAGUGAUUUCGACGCGGACAUGAAUAAGAUGAAAGCCAACGCUGAGGUGCAGCGGUGGUGGCAGAUGACAGAUGGUAUGCAGGAGAGUUUAGUGGAUGGAAGUACAGGAAGCAUGGAUCCCAAGGGUUGGUGGAGAGGAGUGGAGGAAGUGUUCUACCUGGCCUAG